CAGCGUCCCACGUUCAAGUUCAACUCAACCCAAACUCAACCCUCUUCGGAGUCUCGCGCCAUCUCCACCAACUACCACGUCCUCACUCCUGACCUACGACGUCCGAGAACUCCGCAACACAGACUACGAGAGAGAUCAAUGGUGUGGAAGGCUGAGUAUGCCGCAGAGCUGUGGCCAUAUAUCUCCCAAUUUCCUUUCGACGAGUUUAUGGAGAGAUUCAUGCCGGGUCCCGACCUCCCUGUGGCGUUGACGCGUGAUGCCGUCGACACGCUCGAGGCCAAAGCGAAGGAAAGGAAGUCCUGGUGGUUAGUAUGCCAGAAAAUUUGCGAAAUGGCCCAGCCUAUCUUUGACAACUGCCCGGAAGGCGAGAGACUAGUCGCGAAGCAUACUGGCAAUUUUCGUGACAACACGGACGACGAAGAUCCCAGUGGCUACCUCAAAGUCGACGUUUCUGUCUACCUCGCACACGAGGACGCCGUGAAUGAUUGCACAGACCCUGACGACGAUGACUCCGACUCAUACACGGACAACACGGACUGGGGUGCAUAUGAAGAAGACAUACCCGUACUGGAUACACCUGAAGCGCGUACCCGCUGGGCGUGGAUAUCGCUCGCAAUCAUAGUCAAAAUGCGCCACAAAGCCUCGCCAUUCGAGUUUAUGAACGACAUGACCGAGUCAUUCCUUCGUUACAACCCACGCGGAAAUGGUAAGGCCGAUCGCUCUCUCGGAUACCUCGCCGAGUGUGUCUCCAAGGUUUUCCGAAGGCAACAUCGCCUCCAUUGCUUCACGAUAUACGUCUGCAAAGGCAAGGCGCGCGUGGUGCGCUGGGAUAGGGCGGGCGCUGUUGUCUCGACGCCAAUCGACUUCGUAGAGGACCCACGGCCGCUACAAAUGGUCUUCUGGAGGUACGCGUGCAUGACACAGGUUCAACGCGGAUUCGACCCAACUGUGUCUCUUGCUACAAAAGCGGAGAUCGACGCGAUGCGGGCCUCUCAAGCGCCGAAUGAGUACCGUUACCCGCUAGUCCGUGGAUAAAGGUCUCGCGCCACACGCCUCAGCCACCGUGACCCUAUCCCUGGCUCGCGGACCACGCGGCGAUGCUAGUU